GGGAAGAAAGACUCGAUCACGUACAGGGAAGUUUUGGAGAGCGGACUGGCGCGCUCCCGGGAGUUGGGGAGCUCGGAAUCCAACCUCCAGGACAUUACGGAGGGCAGCGGCCACUGUCCGGUGCAUUUGUUUAAGGACCACGUGGACAACGACAAAGACAAGCUGAAAGAGUUCGGCACGGGGAGGGCUUCGGAAGGUAUCUAUGAAUGCAAGGAGAAGCGCGAGGACGUGAAGUCCGAGGACGAAGACGGGCAGACGAAGCUGAAGCAGAGGCGCAGCCGCACCAACUUCACGCUGGAGCAGCUGAACGAGCUGGAGAGGCUCUUCGACGAGACGCACUACCCGGACGCCUUCAUGCGCGAGGAGCUCAGCCAGCGCCUGGGGCUCUCGGAGGCGCGCGUGCAGGUCUGGUUCCAGAACCGGAGAGCCAAGUGCCGCAAACAAGAGAACCAGAUGCACAAAGGCGUUAUCCUGGGCACCGCCAGCCACCUGGACGCCUGCAGGGUGGCGCCCUACGUGAACAUGGGCGCCCUACGGAUGCCUUUCCAACAGGUAGCCGUGUUUUCUUUCCCCUGAACCUCUUUCUCUGUGUCUUUUGCGCGCCCGGGGGGCCCUGCGCCUCCGGCUCUCUCUGGCUCCCCACCCCUCACCCCGCCCCCGCGGAAGAAUGGAGGCGGCUACUACAAGAGAGCAUUUAUAGACCCUUUGGCACGCAUUAAAAUCACGCUGUAAAACUCCAAGACUCACCUUGGGGAGGGCCAGGUCAUAAACCCAAACGCAGUGUUACAAAAAUCGGAGGGGAAGAAAAAUCCCACCUACUCCGGAGCCACCCACGUGCU